AUGUUUCGUGAAUUACUAUUCAUUACAUUUCACACUUGUAGUACAGCUUCAUCUGUGACACCUUCGCCUCCACGAUGGCCUUCAGUUUGGAUGACAACUGGUAGUGCACAUUAUUUAUUUAAUGAUGAAACAGUAAUUACACAAAUUUUUUAUGAUUGGACUCGAUCAGCACAAGUUAUGAAUAUGAUGAGAGAAGAUUCCUAUACAUAUACCAUAAUGCAUAAUGGAACCACUGUUUGGCGAUUAGAACGUGCAAACGCCAAGACCUGGUAA